AUGCGUUCUUUUUUCAAGAAACCCGCAUGGGCAACGAAGGAGGCUGAAGGAGAUGGCGCUGAAUUCUACCGCCGCUCAGAGCAAACCUAUUCUGAUAUUGUUGCUGCGACUCGAGAAGCUCACCGAAAGCCGAAAACACCGGAACUCACGCCUGCUGAUGAUGAGUUUGCUGACGCCACGGGACGAAGCAAGCGGCGCCGGCUUUCCCAAGGAUCCAAAGAAGAGAGCACAGGCACUGGUCCGACUCAAACCAUCUCCCCCAAAACUGACGGCGAGACAAGCGUGUCACCGGAAGUGUCACAGCUUAAAAAUUUCCCGCCAAAUCCCAGCAACAAUAGAGAAACACAGGGAACCGAAUCAUCCGGUGGAGAGAAUGUGCGUUUUGAGAAUGUUGAUUCACAUCUUCACCCAGAAAAAGAGUGUGAAACAGUCUCAUCGCCACUAGUCAAUUGCCGCCUGACCACCCCGACCUUAGAAACCCGCUCGUGUGAGUCCUCCAAGAAAGUCAAUCACCCGGAGAAAAAAGCUGUUCAGUCUGCCCUACCACCAACACCCCCGGACGACCCGGUUGUUCAGAUCUUGAUCUCAUCCGAAAUCACCAACACCAAGCCAUUACUGGUCCACCGAAAAAUGUCGCAGGGAUUAAGAGAAGUGCGUUUGGCAUGGUGCAAUCGUCAAAACUUCGAUCCAGAAAUUCAAUCAUCCAUCUAUUUGACCUGGAAGGGCCGCCGCGUAUUCGACGUGACGACCUGCAGGAGUCUCGGAGUACAGGCUGGGAGAAACCCUAUACACACGAGCAUGGACGAGGAUCUUAUUACGGGCUAUCCGGAGCUGCGCAUACAUAUGGAGGCGGUCGCCGACGGGCCGUUACCAGUCAGCCACCGAAGCUGUUCGCCUGAUAACGGCAAGGUCCCUGCUGCGGCACAAACCACAGAAGAUGACAAGGAGGAACCGAUGAAACUUGUUUUGAGAAGUCCCGGACUGGAUGAUUUCAAAAUCAAAGCAAGAGCAAAAACCCAAAUCUCGCGACUCAUUUCUGCUUUUCGAACCAAACAGAAUAUUUCCAUGGAUCAAAUGAUCUCCCUCCAGUUUGAUGGAGACAAAUUGAAUCCCGAUGAUUGCCUUCGUGAUUAUGACAUUGAUGAUCUAGAUUUGGUGGAUGUCCAGAUCAAAAGACGGUCCUAA